AUGGGGAACGGUGCCUCUGCUGACGCUCCGACCACUGUACAGGUGAAGGCAGCCCCAGAGAGCUCACGAUCUGCCCCAUCGUCUGAUCAGGCUUCUUCUUCGAAGUCACCCAGUCGGUCAAAAAACAUUUCCACAAGGGCACAAGCAAAACAGAGGCCAACUCGCUCGGAGUCUUCUACCCCUCGUAAAGGAAAAUUUGAAGAGGUAGAAAUUCGGAAAAAUGGUGGUCCGCCCCGUGCCUCACAAAGGGGACAAGGUCAAGCUGCAGCCAGCACAGCUGCAGGCAAGCAAGGCAAGAAUGCCCCCACUCCUGGGGGCCAGUCCCUGGAGAACACAUCGGGGCAGGAUGACAUUGUGUUUGAGACAUUUUACCAUCGCAGUGGUAAGGAGAUACAGUGUAUGUACCAAGGUAACACAAGAUACUAUCUUGACCACUGGGGAUCAAAGGAGUGGCAGUUAUUUCCAAAACGCUGGUAUAAUGAAGGUCUUCUCAUCACUAACACUGUUCUUAAGGAUGACCAGGCUCAGGCAUAUCAAGCAUCACAACAGGCUCGUGGCGCAGCAGCUGGAUCUGGGGCAGGUGGAGGAGCUGGGACCUCAGGCUCUAGUGAGGCAUCUCAACAGGGGCCAUCACGCUCACGGAGGGGAGGGGAUGACAGAGAGGGUGUGCUCAAACAUCCAACCAAGGGAAAGAUACCAACAUAUAUAUACCAGAGGAAACACAACAUUCACUUUUUUUACGACCAAAAUGAGGGGCAAUGGAUGAGAAUGCCAAUAGGCUGGGAGCUUCACCAUGAGAUGGUCGGCCGGCUUGUCAAUCAGGUUGAAGAAAUGUUGCCGACUUGGGGUGACCGUGGCGACAUCCUGGCACUUCUUCGGCAGUGUAAUUACGACAUUGAUGAAUGUAUCUCUACAUAUCUACAUCUAGAGGGAGAUCCCUGGCUGAAAGCAGCAAAAACAUCAAAGGAAUUAAAAGGCAACGAAGAAAAGGAUGAAAAGAUUGCUGAACUAGAAAAAAAAGUUAAGGAAUUGCAAAAUGAACUCAAUAAAGAACGAAAAGAAAGACAAGAUGCAGAAAAGAUUGUGAAGGACCAGCAGGAGAAGUUGACAGAUCUAGAAGUUAACUAUAAACAAGCUGAGGCGCAGUUGUCCUCCAUGUCAUCCACGCGACCCAAGUCCAGCUUACGGCCAAAGACACCACAGGUUGUUACGACAGUUGUAAAGGAAGAGACGGUGAACCCUGAAGAUAUUGAGCUUCUUAAUGAUACAGCAAAGUCUGUUAGGAAGGCACACGCACAGCUUAAGCUGGAGGUUCAGCGGAAGUUUGAAGGCCUUGGAGUGAUGAUGACUGAGGCGACGAAGUACGUGAAAAUGCUAAAGAAUUCAGGUCAAGGUCAGGUAGAGGAACUAGAAGAAGUACGAGCACUCUACAGAAAGGAGGCCAUGCAGCGACGACUUCUGUACAAUCAGCUUCAAGAACUUCGUGGGAACAUUCGGGUUUUCUGUAGAGCAAGGAAGGAUGACCGCGUGGAAAACUGUCUUAAGUUUCCGUCAGACCAGGAUAUCGUGGCAAUACAUCCUCAACAGGGCAAGAAGCUGUUUACAUUCGAUAGGGUGUUUGGAAUUGAUACAACACAAGAACAGGUGUUUGCUGACACUAAACCAAUUAUCAGUUCGUGUGUGGAUGGUUACAAUGUCUGUCUGAUGGCCUAUGGUCAGACUGGAUCUGGGAAGACGUUUACCAUGAUGGGCCCAGAAAACAACCCGGGUAUCAACAACAGAGCUAUCAAAGAGCUGUUCCAGGUGUGUCAGGAUAGGAAGGAGACCCAGAGUUAUAUCAUGAUGGUUGGAUUGAUUGAGAUCUACAACGAGACAGUGGUCGAUCUGCUCUCAGAUGAUGCUAAAGUGAUCGACUUGAAAACUGUAGGCAACAAAGUCAAUCUUCCAGGCCUCAUAGAAAUCCAAAUCAAGUCGCCUGACGACAUCAAGAGCGUCAUGAAGAAAGGAGACAAGAACAGAUCGGUGGCAUCAACAAAGAUGAAUUCUACAAGUUCCCGAUCUCAUCUUCUUCUACUUUUGAGAGUUGAAGGUCAUGACAAGGUCACAGGGUCAGUAAGCAAGGGGACACUGACCCUUUGUGAUUUAGCAGGGUCAGAGAGGAUAUCAAAGACAGAGGCAGAGGGUCAGCGGCUAGUGGAGGCGGCUGCUAUCAACAAGUCUCUUUCUGCCCUUGGACAGGUUUUCCAAGCCUUACGAACCAGCCAGCUGCAUGUACCCUACAGGAACUCAAAGCUUACUCAGAUUUUACAGCCUUCCUUGGGUGGGGACGCAAAGGCCUGUCUGUUUGUGAAUGUGAGCCCUGAUGUGAAUAACUCCAGCGAAACGGUCAGUACUCUGACAUUUGGUGCCAAUGCUAAGCAAGUUGCCCUGGGACAGGCAAAACAGAACAUCAAAAAAGGAUCCUGA